ACUGCCACUCGUUCUCCGUUUACCAGGAAUACCUGGGUCGUUUUCUUGCUUCUCUGUCGCGUUGACGCUUUUAUGUAAUUUCCAAUUUUCCAUUAGGUAUAUCGCAGAGUUCUCGUUAUCAUCAAACUUUCCAACUAACGCUAACGAAUUAAGAAACAUUUGCUCAUUUAUCAUUUAUGAGCCACGACUGCAAGAAAUCGUUCAAUUUAUUAAUGUGUAUUCAAAUUUGAAUGAUAUUGUGUUGAUGUGAAGAUAGCAUGACUGUAGAGAUUUCAACGUUCGCAUUUCGUGAGACGCAACACAAAUAAUACGAAGGAGAUUUCCAUAAAAUGGAUCAAUCAGGUUCGGAAUUUGUGAAUCCUAAUACAUCUAAUCCUCCUCAGCCUACUCAACAAGUACCGGCUGCAGCCCCUGAUCCUGAGAAGAGGAGAUUGAUUCAACAACAACUCGUGCUACUUUUACAUGCUCACCAAUGUCAGAAAAGAGAAACUCAAGCUGCCGAAACUGGAAAUUACUUCACUCCGUGCGCAUUACCACAUUGCAAAACGAUGAGAACAAUAUUGAAACACAUGGCCACUUGUACGGCCGGGAAACAGUGCCCAAUUGCGCACUGUUCAUCUUCCAAGCAGAUACUCACACAUUGGAAACAUUGCCAGCGUCCAGAUUGUCCUGUUUGUCUUCCUUUGAAGCAAUACGACAGAUCACGAAAUAAUGCAUUUUCACCAUCAGCCGGUCAGCCCGUAAAUACGACCGCUGUUUUGGCUAGUUUAAGUAGCUUUCCUGUCUUACAGCCGCCAGUCAGCAGUGUUGCGUCUCAGCAGCAACAGCAACAGUCGCAAAUUAAUAUCGUUACCAAACAGUGGCAUAAUCUCAUAAAUAAUGAACUAAGGGAACAUUUGGUGAAGAAAAUAGUAGCUGCGAUCUUUCCUACGGGCUCUAAUCAAACAACAGGCCAAAUCAUCGAUGAACGUAUUAUGCAGAAUUUAGAAUCAUAUGCGAGAAAAGUCGAAUGUGAAAUUUACGCAGCAGCGAAUUCCAAAUCGGAGUACUACCAUUUGAUAGCGCACAAGUAUUACAAACUACGCAAAGAAUUCGAGGAAAGAUGCCUGCAGAGACGAUUGCAGCGGCAGAAUCAACAGCAAGCUCAACAGAAUAGUGAAGGCACGUUGCCCACAUGUUCGAGUAUUCAGCAGGAACCAAAGCCAGAAGAACCACAGCUCCAGAUACAACAGAAUGAAGUUCAAUUAAAUGAAUCUGACAGUUCGUUAAUGGACGACACCCCUCCAAACGUUACCAAAGAAUGGCAUAAACUCAUAAACGACGAACUCCGGGAACUUUUAGUGAAAAAAUUAUCUCAAGCGAUGAUUCCUGCAAGCGGAAAUCAAGCUACAGGAGGAGAAGCGCAAAUUUCUCCAAACAACGAUUUCAAUAGCAGCGGGUCGAAUUUGUACAUCGACGAUGGUAUUACGCAGAAUUUCGAAUCGUAUGCCAGAAAAAUCGAAUCUGAUAUUUACGAAGCAGCCAAUUCCAAAUCCGAGUACUACGAUUUGUUAGUGGAAAAGUAUUACAAAUUACACAAUGAAGAGCAAGAUGGGAGAUGCCAAUUUCAACAGCAGCAAUAAUACUUGACAAUUGCCCAGACUGUCUUCCUUUGAGGCAAAUUGUUAGUUGACAGAUUGUAAAAUAACGAUGUAGUAUAUUUUAUCAACUAAAACUAAUAAAUUUCCAAUUAGGUAUUUA